AUGAACAACUCGUUUAUAUUUUUUCUAUUUAUUGCGACAUUUGUAACAUGUUCGGUUGCCUCCUAUCUCGAUAUUCCACAACCACCAAAAAGACCUGAUCGAUUUAAAACACGAGAUCAAAUAGAAGAUUAUUUAAAAGCUGUUAAAGAUUAUUAUGAUGCCUUCAAAAUUAAGUUGGUACGUCGACAAAAUGUAUUGUCUAAUUUUGACAAUAGUGACAACGAUCAACAAGAAGAAACAGAUAUAAAUAACAGCAACUCUGGAGACAGUUCAGAUGAAAUUGAUCCUUCCUCAUAUAAAAUAUAUCGUCAACAUCAAAAUUAUCUAGCAUCUAAAUUCAUCCCAUAUCAAGCAAAUCCAUAUUCAUUUAAUCGGGCAAUGAAACGAAAAUAUUCAGAUAGACCAUCAUCAUCAUCAUCAUUAACAUUAUAUAAAUAA